CAUUUAUUUAAAGGUAGUGCAGAGAGUGCUGGAGCCUCGGCUCAGUGUGCAAGUGUCAGAUCUUCAACAUGCAGCGCAUCUACAUGCACAGCAAUGAACACUUUGAAGUCUUCACCACUGUCCUUGCUCCACAAGGGAGAUAUCGGUACAGAGCAGAAGCUGAAAAGAUGGUAGUGGUGCACAGCUACAGGCCCAGCUGGCCAGAUGAGCUGGAGCUGUGUGCCGGUGACGUCAUCCUGGUGCUGUCCAAACAUGAGGAGGAGAGGUGGUUUGGGCGGCUGCAGGACGGCCAGCGGGGCUACUUCCCCGCCUCCUGUGUGAUGGAGCUGAGCCAGGUGAAUCUUCCUCCGAGAGCCGUGCGAAGGAGCGUGUCUCUGAGGAGCUAUGCCUGUGAGAACGACUCUGGUAUACGAGGCAGAAAUGGACACAUUCUACAGGCGCUCAGGAGGGGGAGCAGAGGAGGUGGAGCAGGAGGUGGAGGGGGAGGAGGAGGAGGAGGCGGAGGAGGGGGAGCCAGGCUGGAUGGGGGCCAAGGUGAGAAGGAGGGCCCCAUCCCGGCGCAGAGGCCCCAGAUCCCUGCGCCUCAGCCCGCGGCCUCCCAACCUCAGACACACAGAUCCCCGGGCCUCCUCCACAGGAUCUUGUCCAAGUGCCGGAAAAAGAGUGAAUGCCAGGGAGCCACGAACGGGGCCUUUGAGGGCGACUAAGAGGCCCUCCUCUUUGUCAUGUGUGGCCGAGAGGAGGGGCUGCGGUGGGGGAAGGAAGCACGAAAAGACGGGUCUUUGAUUAUCCUGACGAUGGCAGGUUGAUAAUUGUCAUAUCAGGUGUUUCUUGACCCAGCCGCAUUUCAAAAAGCCAGAGGUUGAAUGGGGAUUGUACAAACCGGACGAGAUCAGUGAUGUCACAGACAAUGUUCUGCCCAUUGCAUCUGAUGGACUGUGCCCGAUGUGACAUCACUGAUGGGGGGCGGGGCCACACAUGCAAACAUACCUGAACGUUUGAAUGUACAGAGAGCUGAGCAGCUGCUGUUUUUCUGCCACCUUUAUCCUCCUAGUGAGAACGCCAGGCUCAUGCUUUGGAAAAUAUAUAAAUGCAAUCACUGUGUUCAUUUGUGUAACAAAGAGCAGUAAUCAUAAGAGUUAGUGGCAAACAACAAGGCAAUAAGCGAUGCUUUAAUUAUCAUAUGUAGCCUUUUUCUAUGACCUGCUGCUGUUACCCAAGAGAAAUGGGUUGCACUAUAUAUCAAGGUCCAUGUAAUAAGAGUUGAUAAUUUAUGCAUUUGUUGUUGAUUAUGAGGCAUUUGCAAGAAAUGUAGCAAUUUGUAGACUGCCAAAGAAUAUUAAAGGUCCAGUGUGUCAAAUUUGGGAGAAUCUAUUAGCAGAAAUGGAAGAUAAUAUUGGACAUGAUUAUGUUUUGAUUAGUGUACGAGCACCUGAAAGUAAGCAUCAUUGUGUUUUUGUUGCCUAAGAAUGAGCCUUUCACAUUUACAGGGGGCACGGGUCAUCUUUCACUGAGUCCACCAUGUUGCACUGCCAUGUUUCCACAGUAGCCCAGAGCGGACAAACCAAACACUGAGGGGGAUUCAGUUGGUUUUCGAUCCGCAACCGCACUGCUAGAGGCCUCUAAAUCCUACACACUGGACCUUCAAAGGUUAAGUUCACCCAAAAAUGAACAUUCAGUUGUUACCUACUCACCCCCACGCCGACUGAAAGUCAGGUCAGAAGCCUCAGAGAGAUUUUUGGAGUAUCACAUCAAAACAGUUUUGUAGCAUUCUUCUAAACAACUGAAGUAGAUGAGGACUGGUUUUAAAACAAAAAAAAAGCAACUGAAAAAAAUAUACAAAAUGCCUCCACACAGCUUGUCUGGCAUAAUCCAAGUCUCAGGAUAUUUACACCCUUUUUAAAGCAAAAGACUUUAUCUUAGGUGCUAAGCUGAAAGCGUGCAAACCUUGAGCGCAUCGUAAGGUUUUGUUUAUUUUUUCAGUUGUUAUUUUCACAUUUUAAACAAGUCCCCAUCUACUACAGUUCAGUUUAGGAGACUGCUGCAACGCUGUUUUGCUGUGAACCUCCAGGAAUGUUUUGUGGACUUGGAAACUUCACCUGACUUUCCAUCAGUGUUGUGGUGAGAAGACAAUGACUGAAUUUUCAUUUUCAGAUGAACCUAUUCUUUAACAAAAGCCUUAUGAGUUUCCUUUUAUUGUUUAUUUAGAUUAAUAUAUACCUCAUUAUACGUUUGUUGCAGCUAUUGGACCUUAUCACCUAGUAACUCAUGCUUAUUACAAGGAGCUUGAUGUAAAACGCUACCGAGAAAUGUUAUUUUUGUUCCAUCGUUCAUGUGUCUUAACUUCAUCUGCUCAUGUGAGUCCAUUUAUAUGUAUAUUUUUGGCUGCUUAAUAUGCAAUAAUUACUAUGAUUAUAAAACCAGUAAACCCUU